AAAUUAUUACGUUUUUAUCAGACAACCACUGCUAACAAGAUCACAAGAAUCACAAGAUGAGAAUUAAAUCAAUUAUCAGCAUGAUAAUUCUUCUGAAGAUAACGAUUUUUGGAAUCAUCACAAUUAGCGUGGAAUGUGUAAAUUCAAAUAUAAACAAUAACGAGUCUCUGGAUUAUUCAAGUCGCCGUCAAUUUGUGCGAGCUGUGAAUCCACACGAUAAACAUUCAAAUAUAAACAAUAACGAGUCUCUGGAUUAUUCAAAUCGCCGUCCGUUUGCGAGAGCUGUAAGCGAUAAUGAAGACCCUGCAACUCUGUUCAAAAAAUUGCCCGCUGUUGCUCGCCUCGUCACCGCCAUCGCAAUAAUCAAUGGAUUCUCCGAUGGCUCCAUCCCAGCCGAUCCAGUCAUUGCGGAACUUCUGAACAUUGACACCGCAAGUCUUAAACAAUUGGAAAAGUUCAACAAGACUUCGGUAGAUAAGUUUAUUGAAAGCGUAAGCAGCGCUGCGAUGGAUUCAAGCAACGAAACUUUAACAGUUGAGCAGGCGAUGCUUGAUGUUUUCAAAAUCAUGACGAUUUGGGAAAGAAUUGGAAAAUUAGAGAAUAUAUCAACAACGUAUAGUUUAGCAUCACUCAAACCUGUUGAAUCUUGGAGUAUAUCUGAAUUCAAAAAUUUCAAUUUGAUGAACACUCUGGGUUUAAUUGACAAAAUUGUCAAAGCCGAAAGUUCGCCGAUUCCAGAACUGAAGAAACAGCUAGCAGUCUUAGCUUCUGCUGUGACGAAUCUACCGCCUGCAACCACAAUGAAACCUUUCAUUGUAACCCUUGAGAAAUGGGCACUUAUCGAUUCGUUUGUAGAUAUUAUGCUGCUACAUAAUAGUCAUUUUGACGUUUUAUUGUUUACAAGCCCUUCAUUCAACGCACAUACUGUCCAAUAUAUUCCAUUUGCAACUGAUCCGGAUAUUUCUGUUAUGAAAGACGUGGUAGUAUCACUGUUCUCGUGUAUUAAUCGUACUGUAACAGCAGGGUUUGCAAACGGAAUUUCGGAUAUAGAAAAACUCAGUAGUGAUUCUAAAGAUCGGUGGAUUGAUGGGAUACUCAAACCGUCUGUUCCUUUGAGUAAUAUCAACAUUUUGUCGAAAUUUGCUGUUGAAAUGAAAAAACUGAAUUACUUAUGGAAUCCCGUGUCUACGGAAACUCAUUAUCACAUGAUGAGGCAAGUUUUUGAUCUCCAAAAACAUCGUGGAAUAAGAUUGACACAAAAUGCUAUUGAUUCUAUUUCCAAUACGUUAGAGACAAAGUGUCUGAUAGCAGAUAUGGAUAAAAGUUUCCUUGAAAAUAUGAAACAGUCAGCUAAACACGUGAAAUUGCUUUUGAGAAAGGUUCAAGCAUUGGAAUCAAUCCGGAAUGCUUUCACCAGCAAGGUUAUAAAUGACUUUAAUAAACUCUCUACGCAGACCAAAUCAUCUGAUGUGAGUAGUAUCCGCACCGUCUUGCGUUCAUUGUCUCAAAGUUUCAAGUUGAUUCAGAACUCUAAAAGUCUGCAGAAGCAUGUCACAGGUGCUCAAACAUUGAAUGAGGUCUAUGCAGAACCACACACUCAACCAUUGGUAACACGUCUAGAAUGCCUCAUGAAGGAAAUCAAAAAUACGGAUAAAAUUGCUUCAAUCUUGCGAUCAGUCAAGAUUCUUCGAAAACUGAAAUCGGAUCGAAAGUUAGUAGAAAAGUUUAAAGAAGUUUCAUCUGCUGUGUCAAAGUCAUUGCCGCUUCUUGUUUCGCUUCGGAAGAUUGCCGAAGAAUACAAAAAAGAUAAUAGCUCAGGUAUGACCGAUCUGAAAAAGUUGAAACCCUUGCAAGGUCUCUCAAAACCAUUUGGUGAUGCUGUUGGUGCACUUGUUUCAAUUACAAAGGUUAGCAGAUCAGAGUUGGAAACUUUCGUGAGAAAUGGAGAGAGCACUCAGAAGAUAGCCGAUAUUUAUGGUACUCCUGAACAGCAAAGACAGUUUGAAAGUCAAUGGGGAAAUUUCGAGGCGACAACUCAACAAAUUGAAAUGUUCCUUUCCGAUGCUAGUAUUUGGGAAAAAUCGAUUGCAAUUAAGAAGAAUUUGAAUCUAUCCGCUUAUGGGCAAAUGUUCAAAGAUUUGACAAUUCUGAAUUCAAUCGAUGUGAAACUUGAGCCAAGAUUGGCGGCUACUGAAGGAUUUGAUAACAUCACAACGAAUCAAAGAGUUACACAGAUAGUGGCUGAAUUUCGAGCUUCUCUCAUGGAACUUUCCAAGUUGGACCUUGAUUUUUCUCGCUACAAAUCUGCGUUCAAUAGUAUGAAGGAGGUAUUGAGGUCUGUUGAAGCUGGCUUCAAGGGCGAAAAGCUUGAAUUAUCUAUAUCUGUCAGUAGAAGUGGAAAUGUCACAACAACUACAGAAUUUGCAAUUGUUGCUACCUCCUCCUAUAGUGGUCUUGUGUACACGGUUGGGACAUUGGUUAUUGCCGUCAUCUUGGUAACUAUCACUUUCUUGUGGUGUUGGUAUGACCAGAGUUGCAUCUAUCAUAAACUCAAGAGACGCUACAUCACCAACAUGAAGACUGCUCCAGAAUUGGGCUCGAUUACUCCCGAUUCGUCACAAGAUAGUCAAUCAGAACGAGAAGCAGAGAGGUUUGUUGCGCGAAAACCACAUACUUCACAACUGCCUCCACCACCUACACCGUCACCGGCUACGCUCACUCCAACCUCAGCAAAUACUACUACAGCCGCUUCUGUCACGCCUUCCGGCAAGCCAGUGUCUAAAGUGGAGAAGCUUAAGAAGGAUAGGAUUGAAGUUGAGAAAAAGAGAGUGAGCAAAAAAUCAAGACUGAAUAAAACUAUUUGAUGAGACAUGAAUUUUGAAAAAUAAAACUGAAUUAU